CCGCAUGAUGACAGGAGCACACAAGAGAGAGAGAACAUGCAGCGUUCCCAUCUCUUCUUCACCAGUGAAGGACGUAGCGGCAGCUGGGCCACAUCUCUUCUUCACCACUGAAGGACGUAGCGGCAGCUGGGCCACAUUGCUGCCUUCUACUGUUUUCUACCUUUUGUGUUCUGGUCGGCUCUCUCUCUCACUCUUGUUUCGCGCACCCACCCCAGUCCCACCCCUCCUCUUUAGCAUCUCAAAAGACCACUGAGAGAGAAUCGAUGGCGCAGAGGCCCGCCUUGCUGACAGGACAAUAAAACCACAAAAGAAGAAAAGGGACCUGCCUUAGUCCGCGCCGUUGUGAGAUCCAGGGAUGCCCCGUCAGACCGAGGACCUUCCCCACAGUCCUGCCUCCUCAACUGGGCACCGCUUUGCUGCCAGCCUCUAAUCCCCUGGAGCCUCUGGAGCUUCUGAAUCCUCAAACCCAAGGCAGAGGUUCCCAUGAGGCCCCCCAGGAGAACUCAGCGUGACACCUCUGUAUGGGGCCUCCAGCAUAUGAAGUGCUGAAGAUGCAUCUAGAACGAGAGAGAGAACUAUGUGAUGUGACUUUCUCGUCCUCGUCCUCCUCCUCUCCUUCAGUUGACAUGGAGAAUGAAGACGGAACCUGUCUGCUUGAUGUUUUGUGUGAUCCCCAAGCCUUAAAUAACUUCCUUCAUGGAACAAACGAGCUGCAGAAUGAUGACCUGCUCAUUACCUGUUCUUCUGGAGAGCCCUCCUCCCUCUUCACUGACACCCCGAGCCCAAUGUCUCUGUUGGCAGAUGACAUUACCCCCCCUGCAGAAUGCGUUGACCUGUCCUUCCUGGAAGAGGCUCUACUGGGGGGGUCCCCCGAGGGAGGGGGGGAGAGAAGAGGGGAGGGAGAGGAAGUGCAGGAGGAAGAGGAAGUACCGCCCUGUGACAUUCUCCAGCAGAGUCUUCAGGAGGCUGACAUCACAGAGCACACUAUGGCUCAGGAGGCGGGGCUCGUCCAAACAGGGCCUGGGGAGGGCCACACCCUGUCUCUCUACACACCUGGCCCCCCACUCCUCCUCCCUCCUGCUGCAGUGCCGUUCCUCUCCAAAACCAUAGCCUUCCCUCACCCCCACCCCCCCACCCCGCAACACAGGGACACCCAGGCUGCGGUGGAGCCUCCCCAACCAUCCCUGCUGGCCGUGGGACCAGGCUGCCCCUCCCUGAAGCCUGCUGCUCCCCAGCUGAUGGGCCUCCUCCCUGGGAACAUCUUCCCUGCACCCCCGCCAGAGACUUCCUUCUCCCUGACCCCUGCGCAGGCCUCCAACACCUCCUUUUCCCUCAUCCAGAAGGCAGUUCCUAGCCUGACAGGGCGCCCCCUACUGGCCCCAAUCCUCAGAUCAGCUGCAGCCCCCGGGAUCUUUCUCCAGAGAGGACCCCUGCCCAUCCAGCCCAAGCUGCCUAUCAGCAUCCAACCCCGACUCGUUCAGAUCAGCCCUAAGCCUCCUGGCCCUGGUGGGCCUGGUCAGAAACCCUCUCCAGGUCUCACUUUCCUCCCUGGCACGCCCUCGUCAAACAUCCUCCUGUCCCCCCCUCCUCCCCAGCCCAAGCCUGCCCAACACCUCACCAAGCCCCAUCCCCAGCCUGCCCAACACCUCACUGCCCCCCACCUCACCAAGCCCCAGCCCGUGAGCCUGCAGCUGGUCAACCAGGGAGGAGGCUCCUUCCUGAUCCAGCCUCAAGGUCUCUUCCAUGGCCAGAAUCAGUUCCUUCUGCCUGGCCAAUCCCCUGUCACUCUGUCCCAGCUCCCUGGCCAAUCCCCUGUCACCCUGUCCCAGCUCCCUGGCCAAUCCCCUGUCACCCUGUCCCAGCUUCCUGGCCAAUCCCCUGUCACCCUGUCCCAGCUUCCUGCCCAAUCCCCUGUCACCCUGUCCCAGCUCCCUGGCCAAUCACCUGUCACCCUGUCCCAGCUUCCUGGCUGUUCUGCGCGGCCCCUGUUCACCUCUGGCCACCAGGGAGCAACAGUCCAGUCUGUCCAGGGUAUGACACCCUCCAUGGGCCACCACCUGGUAGAUGGCUCCCAGAUCCUGACGGCCGUGCCCCACCACAGACAGCUCAACUUCAGCCCCCACACAGUCUUCAGCACCACCUCAACAGGCCAGCUCUCCCUCCGCCAGGGAACCCUGCUCUCUGGCUCCCUGCAGCUACAGUCAGGGUCGCCUACUGUCUUCCAGAUGCCAGCCCAGUUGGCGGGUGCCUACAAUCCCCAGGGGUCCCAGGGGCAGGGGGGUCCAGGCCAGCAUGCCACCCUGCUCCACAGCCCUGCUCUAGGGAGCCACAUCACCCUGAUGCACUCUGGGAUGCAGCUCACCUCAACCCACCCAGACAGUCACAUGACCUCGAUUUCCAUCCUCAACACCACCCCUCCUGCUGUAGUACAGGGCCUGCCCUUCACCCCCCAGACCUCCAGACCCCUAGGGGGCGUUACAGAUGGACAGAUCAGUGUUCAGCAGGCGUCUGUAGUGUUGCUGCCUGACAGAGCUGGCCAUGAGGAGAGGAGGGAGCAAGCGGCGUCCCCACACCUGCCUCAGUCGACAAGGCACCUUUUCCAGCAGCAUGCCUCUCUCCAACCCUCCACCGUCAGUCUCCAGUCCACUUCUCCCCCUGUAAUGGCCCUCCUACAGACCCCGCUGGAGGCCCCACAGGCCCUGGACCCACCUGGUAUGCUACCUAAACACCUGCUGGACCCAGCUGGGACGUUACCUAAACACCUGCUGGACCAAGUUGGGACGUUACACAAACACCUGCUGGACCCAGCUGGGACGUUACCCAAACACCUGCUGGACCCAGCUGGGACGUUACCUAAACACCUGCUGAACCCAGUUGGGACGUUACCUAAACACCUGCUGGACCAAGUUGGGACGUUACACAAACACCUGCUGGACCCAGCUGGGACGUUACCCAAACACCUGCUGGACCCAGCUGGGACGUUACCCAAACACCUGCUGAACCCAGUUGGGACGUUACCCAAACACCUGCUGGACCCAGCUGGGACGUUACACAAACACCUGCUGGACCCAGCUGGGACGUUGCCUAAACACCUGCUGAACCCAGUUGGGACGUUACCCAAACACCUGCUGGACCCAGCUGGGACGUUACCCAAACACCUGCUGGACCCAGCUGGGACGUUACCCAAACACCUGCUGGACCCAGCUGGGACGUUACCCAAACACCUGCUGGACCCAGUUGGGACGUUACCCAAACACCUGCUGGACCCAGCUGGGACGUUGCCUAAACACCUGCUGGACCCAGCUGGGACGUUACCCAAACACCUGCUGGACCCAGUUGGGACGUUACCCAAACACCUGCUGGACCCAGCUGGGACGUUACCCAAACACCUGCUGGACCCAGCUGGGACGUUACCCAAACACCUGCUGGACCCAGCUGGGACGUUACCCAAACACCUGCUGAACCCAGCUGGGACGUUACCCAAACACCUGCUGGACCCAGCUGGGACGUUACCCAAACACCUGCUGGACCCAGCUGGGACGUUACCCAAACACCUGCUGGACCCAGCUGGGACGUUACCCAAACACCUGCUGAACCCAGUUGGGACGUUGCCUAAACACUUGCGGGACCAGACGGAGACAGGGACAAAACCAAGGGUGGAGAAGGUUCACAGCCCCACCCAGGCCUUCAUCCAUCAUCUACAACAGGUCAACUAG